GGCCGGUUGUGUAGGGGCUGUAUCGCCGGCUGCGCGCGUUGUUGUGGGCUGUGUACUACUAGGGUAGAAGUUUUUGUUCAGGAAACAGCGGAACGAGACUUUCUGUCGUUAACAGGUUUCUGGGUAAAUGGCCCAACCAGAGAGUUCUGUAGAUUUUGGCAUAGCUCAACAAAAUAACUAUUACUGCUACUGGCAAAGUCUCCCCUCUGCUAUUAGAGUGAAGCAGGAAUUCCAGCCCAGCCAGAGUUACCGCUAUGGCAACUGGUAUGCGCGACAGCACAGCUCUUACCUUCUUUCUGGCUACAGCUAUGGCUGUGCAGUGGAUGGAAAUGGACAGGACUGUUUUUCUGCGCAUGAGACCCCUGAACACACAGCUGAAACUCUGGUUAUGCCUAAGGAAACCACAACUCUAGCUGAAAACCAAGAUGAAGACCCACUAGAAGAUCCACAUCUUCAUUUAAAUAUUGAGGAAUCAAACCAAGAGUUUAUGGUGAAAAGUGAAGAACUCUAUGACUCCCUCAUGAAUUGCCACUGGCAGCCUCUGGACACAGUUCACUCUGAAAUUCCAGAUGAGACCCAGAAGUGAAGCAACGUGUUCAUUAAACUCCGCAAUUAUCAUACUAA